GGAAGGGGCCGGGGCGGUGGCCGGGCUCCGGGAGGGGUGGGGGGCAGUUACUGUGCCCGGUGCAGGCCGCGGCGGGGCCCUCCUCAGGCCUCCCGUAGGGGUGAGGCUCAGCCUCGCCCGCUCCCGCCACUCCACCCGUUUGCCCCCGGGGGAGAUGCAGAGGGCCGUACCCUGAGGAUGGGAGCGCUGAGGAGAUGUCGUGUGGGUGCCGCUCCCCACGGCACCGAGGCUGAAACGUGGGCAUCGGCCGUGGGGCCAUCGUGAGCAAACUGCUGCUGCGCUUCAGAACUCUCUUCUCCAUCUGUCCCAAGGCUGAGACGUCUACAAGCAACGUGGAGCGCAGGCCUUGAGGCCUGGAGGCUUGAAGAGCAAGAGGGAAGGCAGGAAGGUGGCCAAGAGGCCUUAAAGCCUUCAGACCCAGGAGAGGUCUCAAGGCCAAGAGGGUUGAUAGCACACAGGGAGGCCGAGGGGUCCAGAUAUCUGAAACGAAGAGAAUGGUCUGGAGGCCUAAAGGCCUAGAGAGAGGCCAGGGUCCAGCCAAGAGACCUAGAGGCAGGCCUGGUGCAAAGCAUAGAGACUUUUAGGGAUCAAUAGACUUUGAGUUUAAGAAGCUAUCCAGUCUAAUUUUGAGAGGCAGACACAUCUGCCUGGAUGCUUAGAGGUUUGCUAAGAGGUCUUGAAGCCCAUAAGGAAGCCCCACAAAGAGGUCCUGAAAAAGAGGAUCCCAACCCCUACCCCUAUCACACUCACCUCUGGUGGGCUGGUCCCCUUGUGAUGAUUGAUACCUGAUGGAUGUUAUCACUCUCUGUGACUAAGAGUAUUGUAGUGGCACAAUAUCUGGCUAACAAUGCCUGCAGGAUACAGAGUUUCUGGGCCCACAGCUGUGUGGCACAGUCAGAUGCACCCAAGGACCCAGAGCCAUUAGUUACAGCAAACUGUGCAGAUCAACUUACAGCCCAGCCUUCACAUCUGAGCUACUAGUACUCUCAGCAGCAGAUCUCCCUAAAUAGCAAUCCUAAUUAGGGCUAGGUGCUUAUCAAGGCAUCCCCAACACAACUGGGGCUCCAGGGAACGUCCUUGUAAAAGCUGUGGCCCUGCAGAGCUGGGCAAGAUGCUGUAACCAUCGAGCAGGAAGAGAGUCACACACCCACCUUGCACUAUUUCCAAUCACGCUCUUGCUUACUCACAGCUUGGUGUUUUCACACAAAGCCUUGCAAGGGCUCGGGUUUCUCAUCACAUGAUGUCUGUAGGGCACAGGCAGCACAGACGUGGGGCCCAGGAGGUGCUGAGCAUGUGACAGUGUUGUCCUGCUCCAGCCCUGGGCGCUGCUCGGGGACACUGCGGUGCUGCCUUGGGUGCUGGGCAGCUGGCUGGAAACAGUGAAGUUUCCCAGGUUGUGAGACUGCAGUGGUUUCUCGGUGCCAAUGUGUUCCAUAAUCAACAGCAUCACUUUUGAAUCAAGUGUUCUGUGCUAGCCAAGCUAGAGCUGAGACACAUGUGAGCCCUGGAGUCUUUAUAAAGUGGUGUGGGACUCGUGUGGGAGCGCUGUGGCUGUCACCGUGUCCUUAGGGACCGCGUCCUGUUGGGCUGCUGCUGGAAGAAGCAGCGAGCCCCGUGGCCCUUCAGCAAAAGCAGAUGUGUUUCUCUGUCUGAAGCUUCCCUAAAACCAGCCUCACCCUGUGAGAUGGGGUUAAGGCUGCUCAGCUCGCACCCGGGCAUGCCCUGCAGCUGGGGCACGCGGUGCUGGUGCCAGGCUCUGGGCAGAGCGAGUCUGGCCAGGCACGGCCAUGUCCCCGUGGGGCCGCGCAGCUGCGGCCUCCCCCUCCCUGCAGGCAGCAGCACGGGGCCUCCCCGCGCCUACAAAUCCCAGCAGCACCGCGGGCUGCGGGAGGCUGCACUGUAAACAGAGGCUCUGAACUCAGGCCAGGCCCCACCGCUGGCUCCUUCCUUUCCCCUCGGAGAACUCAGAGGAGGAGGGUCCGGGCGCCCGCCCAGCCGCUCCCCGCUGCGCGCUGCUCCGCGCCGCGUGCCCGCGCUCACUCUGCUCUGCUCUCGCAGGGACCCGCAGCAGCCAUUUGGAGGAAGUUGGGGGAGCUCCAAGCCGGCACUGGAAGGUGGAGGGAGAGGAAGGCCGCCGCCCCGCGUCACCCCGAGAGCUGGCGUCCCCCCCGUGUGCCAGCUGGGCCCUGGGGGAACCAUGUCCGCGGGGGGGGCUCCCCAGCACCCGGCUUCUGCGCGAGGGAAAGGCCAAGGAAGCGCUCAGGGUGCCAGGAUGAUGCCAAGCACUUCUGUGCGUGGUGAAAACCCAAAGAACAGAGAAAACCAAACCGAACCAAACCAGAAAAGCGAUGGCCAGCUGCUGAAACGCCUCUCCUCUCUCCUGGAGCAGCCUGCCCACAUCCUGAACCUGCUGCCUUACCCCAGGCUGAACGAGGUGCCCAGGGCUGGACAUGAGCUGGGUUCUGCGGGUGCAGAGAUCCCCUCUGACCCCUGCACAGGCUACAGAUUUUUCAAGCCCGGUGGCUUGUUCGGUAUUAAACAGUCGGAGGAGCCGUUCCCUGAAGGCCAGCAGAUGCAGGAGGACAGCAAGAUCCUCGUGAGCCCCUGUGCAGUUGAGCCUGUCCGAACAAACAAGGUGGAGCAGCCCGAUGAGAAGCCCGGGGUCGCCGCAGGCUCUCUGGAGCUGUACCCCACCGGUGCCAGCAGUUCUGGCCGCUGGUUCCAUGGCGGGCAGCGCGCACCCGAGCGGGCGGGCACGGAGCGGGACGGCGCGGCCGGCCUCAGCCCUCUGCCCUCCAGGGUGGGCUGCUGGGUGCCCCAGCUUGGCACCGGCCCCUUCCGCUGUGCCCAGUGCGGGAAGGGCUUCCGCCAGAAGCAGAGCCUCAUCACUCACGAGAGGAUCCACACCGGGGAGAAACCCUACAGGUGUGGGGACUGCGGGAAGAGCUUCAGCCAGCGGCCCAACCUGCUGACCCACCGCCGCGUGCAUACCGGGGAGCGCCCCUUCCCCUGCACGCAGUGUGGCAAGAGCUUCAGCCAGAAGGCCAACCUCCUGGCCCACCAGCGCAUCCACGCCGCCAACGAGAAGGCACUGGCGGGGGGCGAGCAGGAGGACGGUGGCUCCGGCAAACCAAAGCUGCGGGCUACUCAGCGCAGCUACCAGGAUGACACCCCUUUUGUGUGCCCCGAGUGUGGGAAGAGCUUCCGGCAGAAGCCCAACCUCAUCACACACCGGCGCAUCCACACCGGCGAGCGGCCCUUCACCUGCUUCCUGUGUGGCAGGAGCUUCAACCAGAAGACCAACCUGGUGACGCACUGCCGCCGCUUCAACCAGAAGGGCAACCUGGUGACGCACUACCGCACGCACACCGGGGAGCGCCCCUUCGCCUGCACCCAGUGCGGCAAGCGCUUCGCCCAGAAGCCCAACCUCAUCGCCCACCAGAAGACCCACUCGGGCAGACAGCCCUUCACCUGCCUGGAGUGCCCCAAGCGCUUCAAGAGCAAGCUCUCCCUCCGGGUCCACCAGCGCGUGCACGUGGUGGAGCGGCCCCAGAGCGAGCCGGGCCCCGGCCAGACGCCUCCCAGCCUGCAGAGCCACCCCGGCAGCCCGUACCCCUGCUCGCUCUGCGGGGAGUCCUUUGAGGAGCACGGCGAGCUGCAGCUGCACCGGCAGGGCCACGCUGGCGAGCGGCCUCACGCCUGCGCCGAGUGCGGCAAACGCUUCCGGCAGAAGGUGAACCUGGCUGUUCACCAGAGGACCCACACCGGGGAGCGCCCCUUCCACUGCGCCGAGUGCGGGAAGGGCUUCAGCCAGAAGGCUCACCUCCUCCGGCACCGCCGGACGCACACCGGCGGUGUGCCACCCUCCUGCUGCGAGGGGACCUGCCCGGCGCACCGCGAGGAGCCGGACACCGGCACUGCCCUGGGGAAGGGCUCCACGCCGCCUGGCGCGCUGCUGCCGCCCUGCUCCCGCGGAACCAUGCAGGGAUCGCUGCCGCGGGAAGAGCUCCGGCCGGGAGCGCAGCCCCCAAACAGAGCGGAGAGCCCGUCCGGGGCCGCAGACAUCCUUCUGCAGCUGAUGCAGGAAGAGCAGCACCUGGUGUCCGGAUCGCAGCACCCACAGGAGGCACCCGCGGGGCAGUGCCCCUGCAAGUGCUCCGAGGGUGGGGAAGGGCUGGGCGGGAAGCCCAGCCUGCAGCCGCAGUGCUGCUGCGCCGACUGCGUGACCCAGAGGCAGCUGCUGCUGAAGCCCCAGCAUGACUGCCGGGCCGAGUUCUGGUGCAAGUACAGUGGCUGCGGCAGAAGCUUUGAGGACAAGAGAGUCCUGAGAGUGCCUGAGAGAGCGCACAGCGAAGAGAAAACCUCGCCGUGCCCGAGCUGCUUGCGCGCGCCCAUGACGGACCUGGCAUCGCCCGCGGGCGAGAACAACUUCGCCUUUCCCAGCGGCGGCGAGGAAGGGUUCGGGGAUGAGAAAGCGCUGGUGAUCCACAGCCAGGCGGAGGAGGAGGCGGCGGGGAAGGAGUUCAAGUGCAUCCUGUGCGGGGAGUGCUUCGGCCAGCAGCCCAGCCUCGCCCGGCACCAGAAGCACCACGCCGGGGAGCGCGCCUUCAUCUGCGCCGAAUGCGGCAAGGCCUUCAGCCUCAAGCACAACCUCAUCAUCCACCAGCGCAUCCACACCGGGGAGCGGCCCUACCAGUGCGACGUCUGCCAGAAGAGCUUCAGCCUGAAGCAGAACCUGCUCACCCACCAGCGCAUCCACAGCGGCGAGAAGCCCUUCUCCUGCGGGCGCUGCGGGAAGCGCUUCCGUGAGCAGCGCUUCCUCCUCAACCACCAACGCACCCACGCCGAGGACCGGCCCGGGGCCACCAGCGCCGCCGCCUGCAGCCGCUCGCCGGGCUCGGAGCCGCAUGAGGAAUCCGGUGUUCCCGCGGCGGCAGGUGGCCCCUUCUCCUGCACCCGCUGCGGGAAGGGCUUCAGCUGCCGGAGCAGCCUGGCCGCUCACCAGCGCACCCACAGCGGCGAGCGGCCCUUUGCCUGUGCCGAGUGCGGGAAGAGCUUCAGCCAGAAGGGCUCCCUGAAGCUCCACCAGCGCACCCACAGGGCCGAGAACGCCCUCACGUGAGCCCUCGCACCCCGGGACCCCCGCCCAUGGCUGCCCCGCGGGGCUCUAUGUUCCCUGUGCCCCCCCAGCAUUGCUCUGUGGCUCCAAGUGCCGCCUCGUGGCUCGGGGCCGCUGGGCAUCUCGGCAGGCGCUGACCCCUCGGUGCCGGCGUGACGGCGCGGUCAGUGCCAGCUCUGCCUGGGCACCACCAGGCACCCACCGUGCUCCCCCCGUGGAGCUUCUCUCCUGAUCGCCACGAGGUCCCCGCAUCAGGUGCUCGCGGGCUGCUGGGCGCCUGUUGGGUUCCUGCCACCCCCUGGAGCACCGGGAGGAGCCGAGCGAGGCGGCUGCCUCUGGGAAUGGCUGAGUUCCCUGGGGGGCUUCCUCCCCUCCACCCCCAGCACCGUGGCACCGCAGCUGGGUGCACACUGGGGCUGCAGGUGGAACCCAUGAGCGAGGAGCAGCGGGGAGGUUUCCCCACGGCACUGCUGUGUGCGCCCCGUGCCCCCCAUGCUCCCCGUGCACCCCGUCCCCACUGUACACCCAGUGCCCCCACCCGGGCUGGCGCUGCUGCAAUGUUGCAGAGAGCCCCGAGACACAGAGAAAUCAUGCAAAAUUAAAACAAAACAGCAAAGCUCA